AGGAAUGUUUAAACUUUACCAAAUGAAACUACUAGGCGCAUCACGUGACCCGUGCCUCACUUCCUUGUGUCAUAUGACCAUCAUUCAAAACUGUUCACAAACAUGUCGUAAGGUAACCAGCGCUCGGGCCAGGCGAUUUUUUUCUCGUCCCAGGUGCAUCAGAGUCCACAAUGAAAUCCCUUACAUGGAUCCUAUGCACUGUCGGUCUGGUUUUAUGUGCAGCUGAUCCAGACAGGGCCACAAGACCUAAUUUUGUCUUGAUGAUGGUGGACGAUUUGGGAAUUGGAGAUCUUGGUUGCUACGGGAACACAACCCUUAGGACACCUCAUAUAGACCGACUGGCCCAGGAAGGGGUAAAACUGACACACCAUAUAGCCGCUGCACCCCUCUGCACUCCCAGCAGGGCCGCGUUCCUCACAGGCAGAUACCCCAUCCGAUCAGGUAUGGCUGGGCAUGGCCGACUUGGAGUGUAUCUCUUCUCUGCAUCGUCAGGAGGUCUUCCGCUCGAGGAAAUCACCUUGGCCAGGGUUGCUAAAGAGCAAGGCUAUGCCACAGCUAUAAUUGGAAAGUGGCACCUGGGUCUCAACUGUGAAAACAGUGCCGACCACUGCCACCAUCCCACCUCUCAUGGCUUUGACCACUUCUAUGGUACCAUUAUGACGAACCUCCGGGACUGCCAGCCUGGACAUGGCACAAUCUUCAAUCGCGUCCAUGAUCACAUUCCCUACAAGUACAUUAAUAUUGGUCUAGUCUCCCUGGCUUUACUCCAUUUUAGAGGGGUGAUAACUCUGCCCAGGAAGGUAGUUUUUGGCUUUCUGGCCCUGAUAGGGAUGCUGAUCAUUCUCUUUGAGCUAAUGGUGUACACAUUCCCAAAUUUUAAUUGCUUUUUAAUGAGAGGGGCGGAGAUUGUGGAGCAACCAUUUAUAUCAGAAAAUCUCACACAGAGGAUGACUCACGAGGCGAUAGAGUUUAUGGAAAGGAAUUCAGAGAGGCCGUUCUUGCUCUUCUUUUCAUUUAUCCAAGUCCACACUGCACUUUUUGCUGCAUCUCGCUUCAGAGGCAAAAGCCAACAUGGUCUUUAUGGCGACGCUGUCAUGGAGGUGGACUGGAGUGUAGGUCAGAUCAUGCAAACUCUUGAGCGCCUAAAAUUGAAGGAAAACACUCUAGCGUAUAUGACCUCAGAUCAGGGGCCACACCUGGAAGAGAUUUCCAUCCAUGGAGAGGUGCACAGGGGUCACAGCGGAAUAUACAGAGCUGGCAAGUCAACCAAUUGGGAAGGUGGGAUUCGGGUACCGGGGAUUCUUCAUUGGCCUGGUGUCCUACCUGCAGGAAAGGUCAUUGAUGAACCCACUAGCAACAUGGAUAUUUUCCCCACUGUGGUGAAUUUAGCUGGUGGUUCUGUACCCAGCGACAGACACAUUGAUGGCCAUGAUCUCUUGCCGCUGUUGCAAGGACAAGUGAAACGUUCUGAACAUGAAUUUCUGUUCCAUUACUGCAAUGCCAACCUGAACGCUGUGAGAUGGCACCCAUCUAACAGUAGUGCAGUCUGGAAGGCCUUAUUCUUCACCCCUAACUUCUACCCAGAGAACAGCUCGGCCUGCUUCAACACUCAUCUCUGCUUUUGCAUUGAGCCUUUUAUCACAUACCAUGAUCCUCCGCUGCUUUUUGAGCUGUCAAGUGACCCAUCAGAGAGCACCCCCCUGACCCCAGACACAGAACCAAAGUUCUACUCGGUUCUAGAGGCUAUAAAGGGAGCGGUAAGCCAUCACACCCAGAGUCUGAAGCCUGUCCAAAUGCAGUUUUCCCGUGGAAACUUGAUCUGGAAACCCUGGCUCCAACCUUGCUGCUCGUCUCUCAGUCAGCUUUGCAGUUGUGAAAGAGAUCAUCAGACAGGGAUGCCAAAUCAUGAUGUUCAAAAAGAAUAACAACUUGAAUAAAAUUAACUAAUGUUAAAUUUUAUUAAACUGCAACUGUUAACAACUCAAUGGCCAUAAUA